AUGACGCCCGAUUAUGGCGUGUAUCAUUCAGCGAAGGCUUCCAGUGUUAGAAUAUUCUUCUACACCUACACCGGGUUUUUCCUUGCAAGCAUCAUUGGCCACAUCCUUGGUGCAGCGUUCGCAGCGUCGGCCACCUUGUACUCCCCUUGGACAUCUGGAUUCGACAACGGCAACAACGUCGGCGGCCUCGUUGCCGCUAUCCUGGCACCCUCUGGAGGCUUCGGCAAGUUCCUCACCGUGGUCGUCGCGCUCUCUAUUCCGAGCGCAUGUGCCCCGACGAUGUACACGUUUGCUUCGAGUUUCAUGGCCAUCAGUCACUACUUUGCGAAGGUGCCGAGAUAUGUCUUCAUUGUCAUUUCGGAAGCCAUUCUGAUUCCAGUAGCAAUCGUGGGGGCAGUCCAUUUCUACGAGACAUUCGCGGAUAUCCUUGACGUCAUCGGCUACUGGAGUACAGUUUACGCUGCCAUCAUCCUGGUCGAACACUUCGUGUUUCGCAAGAAUAACUUUUCCCUGUACGACACCGAAAAGUGGGACCGUCCCGGUGAACUUCCGCUCGGUAUUGCGGCUCUGCUGGCGUUCUUGUGCGCGUUCGGGAUGAUUGUCCCGUGCAUGUCGCAGGCGUGGUAUGUGGGGCCGAUUGCUGCCGCGGGUACCGGAGACAUUGGUGUCAUAGUGGGAUUCACGCUUGCGUGCGUGGUGUAUGCUAUAUUCAGGGCAGUCGAGAGAUCUGUGUUGAAACGGUAG